CUUCCGUCCACCAGAUCCCGGAUGAGGCUGCCAUUGGGGGAAGUGCAAAGUGCCACCGGAGCUGGAUUUUGACGGUGUGGGGUUUACAGCGUAUUGAAACCCCACUGAAUUGAUGCCGACAAGGGACCCCUCACUGUCAUCGGACUGAUCCUAAGUUCGAUCUGAUCCACGUCACAAAAACUGUCAACAUCGUAACGCAGAACCGUACCCUAGCGCAGCUAACUAGCUAGCCAACUAGUGCAGCUAACUGUCUAACUGUUAGCAAACUAACGCGUACUCCGCUAGCGGAGGGACUGGACGAUAAACGUAGUUUUGGAGGAAAUACGUCUUGCAAAGCAUCCCUUCUUGUUUACCUUUCGAUUGACGAAUGAUGUCUGCCGCAAGCAUUGACCCCCAGUCAUCAAAAGGACAGGAUGCUAGUAAAGCCUUUCCUGUGUCGGUACAAAAUGGCUCAAUGCAUCAAAAGGAUACAGUCCAUGACAAUGACUUUGAGCCCUAUCUCACCGGCCAGUCAAAUCAGAAUAACAGCUAUCAAUCCAUGACCGACCCGUACCUGUCCAGCUACUACGCCCCGUCUAUUGGUUUCCCCUACCCUCUCAGUGAGGCGCCGUGGUCCACAGGAGGGGACCCCCCCAUCCCCUACCUUACACCCUAUGCCCCCCUCAGCAACGGAGACCACCAUUUCAUGCAUGACACUGUGUUUGGUCAGCCGGGGGGGUUAGGGAGCAGCAUUUAUCCACAUAGGUUUAACUUUUUUCCCGAGAACCCUGCCUUUUCAGCCUGGGGCACCAGUGGGUCUCAGGGCCAGCAGACUCAGAGCUCAGCCUAUGGGGGGAGCUACAGCUACCCACCCAGCUCCCUAGGGGGCACGCUAGUCCCCGAUGGACAGACAGGCUUCCACAGUGACACGCUCAGUAAGGCUCCGGGCAUGAAUAGCCUGGAGCAGGGCAUGCUGGGGUUAAAAAUAGGAGGCGAUGUGACAGGAAGUGGCUCUGGUGUAAAGAGCGUCGGCUCCGUGAUUGGUGGCGGCGGAAAUGUAGCUGCUGCUGUUGCCACGGGCAACGGUGGCACAUCAAUUGGAAUGCCCCCUCCCAAGCCCACAUCGUGGGCUGCCAUCGCCAGUAAGCCUGCCAAGAUGCAGCAGCUCAAGACCAAGACUAAGCCUGGCAUGCCCAUGGCCGGUGGAAUACUGCCUCCGCCGCCUAUCAAACACACUAUGGAAAUGGAUACGUGGGAUAAUAAGGGGACUGUUUCCAAAGUGCCCCCUCCUUUGCCCCCCCACCACCAGCAUCAGCACCAGCCGCAGCAGCUUCACUCCCACGCCCACCUUUCCCACGGCCUGCCCCCGCCCCCCCAGCAGUCCGUCCACUCUGCCCCGUCCCUCGUGCAGCAGAUGGCCAUGCAGGGUCCUCACCCCCCCCCUCCCCCGCAGUCGUACCAGAACCACAACGCGGUGCCGCCGCCCCAGACCCGCUGGGUGGCCCCGCGCAAUCGGAACCCGGGCUACGGGUGCGGUAGCCUGGACAACAGCGGCUCCUCCGGCGGCGGGGGAAUGGGUAACGGGGGCGGAGGGGUCGGGGGCGCGCCCCCCCGGUCGGGCCCCGGGCUGGACUCCCACCCCGUGCUGGAGAAGCUGCGAGCGGCUCACAGCUAUAACCCCAAGGACUUUGAGUGGAACCUGAAGAACGGCCGCGUGUUCAUCAUCAAGAGCUACUCCGAGGACGACAUCCACCGCUCCAUCAAGUACUCCAUCUGGUGCAGCACGGAGCAUGGCAACAAACGGCUGGACUCGGCCUUCAGAGCUAUGAACGCUAAGGGCCCCGUCUACCUGCUGUUCAGCGUCAACGGCAGCGGGCACUUCUGCGGCGUGGCAGAGAUGCGCUCGCCAGUGGACUACGGCACCAGUGCCGGCGUGUGGGCGCAGGACAAGUGGAAGGGCAAGUUCGAUGUGAACUGGUUGUUUGUGAAGGACGUGCCCAACAGCCAGCUGCGCCACAUCCGCCUGGAGAACAACGACAACAAGCCGGUGACCAACUCGCGGGACACUCAGGAGGUGCCCCUCGAGAAGGCCAAGCAGGUGCUCAAGAUCAUCGCCACCUACAAACACACCACCUCCAUCUUCGACGACUUCUCCCACUACGAGAAGAAGCAGGAGGAGGAAGAGAGCUACGAGCCCCCUCCGAUGCAGAGCCGCCCCCGGCUCGAUCAGGAUCGCCAGAAUCGAAGUAAACAGUAGAAGACUGCUCCUUUAGAGGUGGAUCCAUACUUCUGCUUGGAUGGACUUGAUGAUGUUUAGAUUAAAGAAGAGAAGACCCUCCCUCCACCACCACCACCACCACCACACACUUGGUUUUAGUGUCUUUGGCCAAUGACAAGCAUUAAGCCACUUUGAUCAUGGUUCUUAGUUUUCAAGAUGUGUGCAGCCGGGAUGAAGCCAGUUCACGAGUCCCACCAAUCAAAUCAGUUCAGCGUUUUUUGUUUUGUUUAACUCCUUGUGUUUUUGCCUUCUAGACCUUGAUCUGCAAUAUGAAACCUUACAUUCUCAAUUAAUAUUAAGUAACAGUUAUCUGCACGUCUCUUGAAAAUCUCUUAUCAUCAUGCUGCUGAUUUUGUGUGCGUGCGUGUGCGUGCGUGCGUGUGUGUGCUUGCAUGGAGAAAAGUGCUAAUGUUGGGUGUUCCUAAGAGUGAACAACACUUAUUCAGAAAUGUCUUUAUGAUUCUGGCCAGUUUAUAUUCAUGUACGACAAACAAUUUCUGAUAUCUGUACACUCUGCUGCGGGAUUUUCUUAGGAUUUGUGAAGUGUGUCUGGUUCAAAGAGUUGCACGUGCGUACAAAUGAUCUUGUGAAACGGUUGAGACAUGAGAAGACAUGAAGGUUAAAGAGUUACUCUGACUUUGUCACUUGGCCAAUUACUGUUUGGACAAACUAUCCACGGAGGAGAGAAAAGAUGCCAUUCAUUUUAUUUUUUCCAGAGCCUUAACAUUUCUUUUCAACACUAGUGUUAUAAAAAAAUGCAAUGUUUGCUGUACUGUACCUCAAGUUUUACAGCGAGAGAUUCAGGGAAUAGAUAUUGUUUAGAGAUAACACACCCUCUAAGGACUUCCCUUAUUUUAAUUUUAUUUAUAAGGUAGAAAUACAAACAUUGUUUCGGUUCUUAUUGAAUAUAAAGUAUGCUUUUAAUGUCCUCAUUAUCCAUCAUACGAUAGCUGUUUCUUUUAUGUUCUUCCCUGGCAUUCCUGCCGGGCUGUCUGGUGUGCUAACGUAUAUUUCUGGGGACAAUGUAGCAUGUUCUGCUUUUAUAGCUAGGCCUGUCACCUUGUUUUGUCGUUAUGUUUGUUCUUUCUUAACAUUAUUAACGUUUCUAUAACCCUUCCACAUCUUCCUCAGAAGAAUUUAAGCUUUAAUGUACCGGCCAUGCUAAUUGAGUAUGUCUCAAAAGUUAAUGUUACUGAUUUAUUGUUAGUGUAUGAGUAACCAGAGAGUAGUCUAUAUGGUAUACGUGCGUGACUUAUUUUUCUUUACUUUUUUCCGGGUCUCGCUUGCUUGUGUAUGUUCGUAUGCGAGCGUGAAAGACAGAUGUAUGUUAUUGAGGAAUCUUGAGGAGUUAUAUAAUGGUAACAAAAUAUUAAAAGAAAAAUGUUUUAAGUCCCCCUCUUCCCCCCCACCCCUCCCCCAAACAAUUAAAUAUACAUUGUAUAAAAGCUCACUAUCACAUUCUUAGAUUUGAUCAUGGUCAUUAUUAAAAGUAUACUUAUCUGUUAUAUGUAUUAUUUGCUUGGUUCCUUUGCUAAAUGUGUAUAUGUAUAGAACAACAAGCAAAGAUAUAUUCAUCACUGUGUCAUCGACAUCCUUGGUAUUUUAUAGUCUCUGUAGGUCGUGACAAGUGACAUACAUGAAGUUUCCCACGGGAUUUUGGUCAGAUUUCUUCAUGAAAUAACUUUUAACCGUAUGAAUCGUCCGGUAGUUGAAUCCUUGAUUGAUGGUUUGAAUCAUAUAAGUGAAAAUUCAUCACAUUAACAAGAAUAUUAAAGAGUCAUUUAUUGA